AUGCAGUACACCGCGUUUCUUGCUGGUCUCCUCGCCGCCUUUGCCGCGUCGGCAUCGGCCGCUCCCGUUUCGCAGGAUGUACCCGCACCCACCCUUGCCCCUGCGCCUGAGCCAAAGCCUGCCUCAGCUCCUGCGCCUCCUUCUCCCUCUAAGCCUGCUCCUGCUGUCGAGGCUGUGCCAAAGGACGAGCAGAACAUUAACGAUGCUGCCAGUAAGCUCGUCACAAAACUUCAAUGCACGAACUACACCUCUACUGGAACGCUGAAGCUGGAUGGCAAGACUGUGUCGCUCAAGGAUAGCGAUUUGGUGCUCUCUGGUGGCGACGAGCUGACACUUGUCUUCCAGGAGUGCAAGUCGAACAUUUUGAAUGUCGAAAGCAAGGGCACGAUGCACUACGGUAUCAUUUCACCGAAGGGCAGCGUGAAGGAGAAGUGCCUCCGCCCAGCCGCUCUUGCCCAGCCAGACCAGCACCUCCAGGUCCAGAACUGCUCGAUGAGUGACGACAGCUCUCAGAUGAGCCAGUUCUUUGAGUUCAACGAGAAGGGCAAGACACUUGCAUUCCUCGGCCAUCUCGAUGCUUCGAAGCACUACAUGGCCAAUGAGAAGGACAACUUCUUCGUCGUGUCGCCUGAGGGAGAGGGCAAGAGUCUCGCCCUCGCUUAA